UUGUGGGGCCCAAAAUGAGGGACCCCACUAGAAUUAUCAUCAUAUAUGGGCUCACAAGCCUCCCCUGACAUGCCUGUAGCUUUUUUAGCACAUGUCUCACAAAGUCAGAAAGUAUGGAAAAGUGUGUGUGAUGUGUGUGUGGAUUUUUUACUCACUAGUGCCCCAAGUGUUGGAAAGGUGGUAUAACAUCACACACACACACUUCCUGGUGUGUGUAAGAAUUCAGCCAAUGAGGGGCCUCUAUGAAAUCUCGCGAGAUUUUUCGUGAAGUCAUUAGCGAGAUCUCAUGUCUCAGCAUACCAAAGCCAUGCGGUGUUGGCUGCUCAACUGGGAACUUUGCGGAGAAUAAGAGCCAUAAUGUUGAAAAGGAAAGCCCGGAUACGUCCGACUGAUGAUGCGGAGUUACACAUUCGGUCUUCGAGGGACAAACCCUGGUUUGAGGAAAGAUUCAUUGAUGUCCACAAAGGGAGGGGAGUGUUUGCUACCCAGCCGAUCGAACACGGGGAUUUUGUCUUGGAGUACAGGGGAGAACUUGUAUCAUUGGAAGAAUGCCAAUCAAGACAGUACACAGGGACACAGAGUACAUUUCUGUUUGAAUUUGAAUGGCAGAAAUGCAACUGGUGUAUUGAUGCAUCAAGAGAAGAUGGAUCCCUUGGAAGAUUAGUGAAUGACAACCACAAAUCUCCAAACUGCAUCAUGAAAAAGAUUAUAGUAAACAACAAGCCACAUUUGUGCAUUUUUGCUGUAAAGAACAUCGAAGCAGGAUCUGAAAUUGAUUACAACUAUGGUGAUUCAAAAUGGCCAUGGCGUCAAAAGGUGAAAAACUAUGAGGCCCCUGCUGUGACUAUAGAGACAGAAGACACCCCUUUAAAUCUGACUUCACAUGGGGAAUCACGCAGAGAGGAAGCCAUAGCCCAGGUAACCAACUAUGAGGCCCCUGCUGUGACUAUAGAGACAGAAGACACCCCUUUAAAUCUGACUUCACAUGAGGAAUCACGCAGAGAGGAAGCCAUAGCCCAGGUAACCAACUAUGAGGCCCCUGCUGUGACUAUAGAGACAGAAGACACCCCUUUAAAUCUGACUUCACAUGAGGAAUCACGCAGAGAGGAAGCCAUAGCCCAGGUAACCAACUAUGAGGCCCCUGCUGUGACUAUAGAGACAGAAGACACCCCCUUAAAUCUGACUUCACAUCAGGAAUCACGCAGAGAGGAAGCCAUAGCCCAGGUAACCAACUAUGAGGCCCCUGCUGUGACUAUAGAGACAGAAGACACCCCUUUAAAUCUGACUUCACAUGAGGAAUCACGCAGAGAGGAAGCCAUAGCCCAGGUAACCAACUAUGAGGCCCCUGCUGUGACUAUAGAGACAGAAGACACCCCCUUAAAUCUGACUUCACAUCAGGAAUCACGCAGAGAGGAAGCCAUAGCCCAGGUAACCAACUAUGAGGCCCCUGCUGUGACUAUAGAGACAGAAGACACCCCUUUAAAUCUGACUUCCCAUGAGGAAUCACGCAGAAAGGAAGCUAUAGCCCAGGUGUUUUCUGUCAGAAGCCUUCCUUUAGUUCAGUAUUCCGACACUGAUGAAACCGAUGAUUUUUCUGACGACCUUCAUGAGUCAAAUGAAAGUAUGGUGGACGAAACCAACGAUGAGCAAGACCAUCCCACAUGCGCACAAGUGGUUCCAAAGAUGAGAAGGACAAAAAGCAUUCUGAUGCUUAAACUACCAGAUUUUUCUGAUGCUCUCUAUGAUUCAAGUGAAGACAGUGCAGAGAGCCCGUCCAGUUCUGAAUCCGAAAUGGCUAUACAAAGAACAAAGAGAAGCUGUUUCCGUCGCAGACUGUUGACAUCGAGACUGAGAACAUGGGGUCGUCGCAAGACAUUAUGGGAGAUACCACCAUGGAAGAGAUGGAUGUGUCAGAAGAUGACUGUGUUACAUCCCAGCAACAACGUCCCGCCACAGUGUCUCCCCAAAACCGCCCAAAAAGGUCAUUGGAAAGAAAAGGUAAACAAACUGCCGUCAAAAGAACCUGGACACCCGAGGAAGUGGCAGCGGUGAACAGGCAUCUACGGAGAUCCAUUACCAUGAACAGUGUUCCAGGCAAACAGGAGUGUCAACGUUGCAUUGAUGCAGAGCCUGAAGCUCUCCGAAUGCGAGACUGGAAGGCAGUCAAAUUCUACAUAAAAAAUAGAAUCACUACUAUGAGACGGAAGCACGAGUGUGAACUUGCUGAUGCACCGUCGAAUUGACAGGGUUAACAGUCUCUGUUUGUGAGGCCUCUUAACAGGCAAUGAUGAAUCUUCAUCUUCAUCUUGUCCCACUUUUUUUCUGAGCUCAACAAUUGUUCAAUGAGUAAACUUUUACUUUAGACCCCCCUGCUUGGAGAAAAGGAUUAUUUUCAACACUCCUCCGGUUGCCUGGUGACAUAAGUCCUAAAGAAAGAAAACCAGAACCUAAACGGUGGAGAAGUGUGUGUUUAUGGGUUUAACUGCUGAGGCGACAACGUUGUUUGGCAAGAGCUGGCUCUAAAAGUUCUUUUGUUUAAGAAAGUGGAGGCAGUAUUCAAAGUUCUUUUGUUUUUCCUCUACUCCAUUCUAAAUGUUUUGAAGGUGGCAAUAUGCACCAAUAAGUUAAUAAAGACAAAAGAACAUA